UUAUUAUGACCUCCACCAUUCUCAUGUCCUCAAGCUCCAACACCAUGAGAACUACUUUGCCUUUUCCUGAUCUCUCUCUACAGAUCAGCCCACCAUCUGUUUCAUCAGAUUCAGAGGCUAAAGACAUAAGAAGCUAUGAUGGAUGGAUGAGAAGAACAUUUUAUGGUGAGAGAAGCUCCACAACAGACUCUGGAAGCAGUGGCAGUGAUACAAGCCAUGAACAACCCUUCUUGCACCCAAACAAGGGUUAUGGUCAUAGUGGGGUUGAACCCACUCUAAGCCUGGGGAUUGACAAGGCAGCUUUGGAUCCUCAAUCUGAACCCCCAAUAAGCAAGUUUCACUACCUGCACCAACCUCAAAUAUAUGGUUGUGAAUUCAAAAGAAAUUCAAGAAUGAUUAAUGGAGGCAAGAGAAGCACUAGAGCACCAAGGAUGAGAUGGACCACUACUCUACAUGCCCAUUUUGUUCACGCAGUAGAGCUUCUUGGUGGCCAUGAAAGGGCAACACCCAAAUCAGUUUUGGAGUUAAUGAAUGUGAAGGACUUAACACUAUCUCAUGUGAAGAGUCACUUGCAGAUGUAUAGAACAGUGAAGAGCACUGACAAAGGAGCAGGGCAAGGGCAGACAGAGAUGGGUCUGAAUAAUCAGAGAACAGAGAUUACUGAAGUAGUGGAUGGUGGUUUUUCUUCUGAGAAAACUGAACCAAACCAUUCUUAUUCUCUCAACACACCACCACCACCACCAACACUACUCAAAUCUACAAGAGGUUCGAGGCCAUCAAUGGAGACAAAAGCUUGGAACCCUUCAAUGGAGGAAAGCACAUUAGUGAGUUCUCAUUCUUUAUCAAAUGUUGAUGGGUAUGGAACAGAAGACCACCAGAUCACACACAAUGAGGAGAAGUUGUACUUAAGCUCUUUGGGGAAAUCCUCACAUAUGUUGCCUAACUUAGAGUUCACUCUUGGUCGACAAAGUUGGCAAAUGGAUUAUACUGAAGCUUCAAAUGAGUUAAUAACCCUCCUUAAGUGUUAAAAUAUAUAUUUGAGAGUCAAGAAGAGGAA